AUGAUUUUCCAUCCACCUUCAUGGCUACCCGCCAUUACACAAGAACUGUCUACGGUGGGCACGGUAGGGGAGUUUGUGCUUCGUGGCCCGCUCAGCACGGCUUCAAAGCCAGCAGUUGACGCACCAACUCUCGUUUCUGCUGUCACGCAGACGACGAAAACACCUCGGCAGCUCGCCGAAGACGUCGAGGCGUUGGCUUCUGGCCUUGCCCACGACCUACAAUGGUCUCCCAAUGAGCCGGCGCAAGGCGGCAAAGUAAUUGCGAUAUUGUCCGAGAAUUCGGUUGAUUAUCUGACCUACUGCUGGGCGAUCCAUCGCCUUAGAGGCACCUGUCUCCUUCUACACGGAAGCACUUCGCCGGUUGAGAUCGCAAAACAUCUGAAGCAUAGCAACUGCAAGAUCUUGAUUGUGUCUCCAGCGCUACUUGAGUCUGGCUGUGCUGCGGCCGCCGUUGUCGGCGAAUCUGAUAUGCGAUUAUAUUUGACAGCGCCAGUGACUAUUGAUGUCGCCCAAACCAAUGGCAACGCCGGCACCACUGGUACCACCCAUAAUAAUAAUGGCGCAGGCCACAAUAUCAAAAUCGACGAAUUGCUUGGCCUUGGUAAGACUCCAGGCUCUCUACCGGCGCUGGAUUGGUCCGUCGAGGAGGCUCAAUCUAGUAUUGCCUAUCUCUGCGCAACUAGCGGCACUUCCGGAGCCCAGAAGCUGGUGCGUUUAACCCACCGCGGGGUCAUGACCAAUGUCCUGCAGGUAGUAGCGCUCGAGAGCACGAUGCGUCACCGGGAUGUCGAAGUAGGGCUGGGCGUCCUGCCCCUGAGCCACGUCCAAGGCGUCAUCGCAUCGCAUAUCUCCAUCUACUUGCGGGACCGACUCAUCUUGCACUCGAAAUUCGACAUGAAGGCGGCUAUGGCGUCCAUCCAGACUUACCGCAUCAACAGGCUCUACUUGGUACCAUCGGUUCUCGCCGUCCUCAUCGGCAACCCGUUCCUGUUCAAGGCUUUCGAUCUGUCGUCGGUUGACACGGUCUACGUGGGCGCCAGUCUUCUGAGCGCUGAUCUCUACGCUAAAGUGAAGGCCGCACAGCCCGGCUGGAAUUUGAUCAUUGGUUACGGUAAUCCAAGCUCUGGCCCUACUAUCCAUGGAACAAAUAGAGCGCUGACCGAGAGUUCGUUCCUAGGCCUAACUGAAAGCUCCGUGGCCGUCGCCAUGAGCAGCCCGCACGAGCAUGUCCCAGAAUCGAUCGGAAUAUUGCUGCCGUUGUACCAGGCACGUCUUCUGCGCAAGGAUGGCAACGAGGUGGAGGCUUUCGAUGAAGCUGGCGAGUUGCUUCUCUCGUCACCGAAUCAGGCAGACGGUUAUCUCGGGGACGACGAGGCGAGCGCAGCCACGUUCCGGGAUGGCUGGUUGCGUACGGGAGACGUUGCUGUUUUCCGUCAGAGUCCCAAUGGAGACUCCCACCUGUGUAUUGUCGAUCGGCUGAGGGAUAUGAUUAAGGUCAAAGGCAUGCAAGUUUCUCCUGUUGCCAUCGAAGACUGUCUGCGGCAGCAUCCCAGCGUUGCCGACGUAGCUGUGAUUGGAGUGCCUGAUUACCUGGCUGGGGAACGAGCCAAGGCUUAUGUUGUACCUUCGAGACAACCUAACCAAGGAGGAAAAUCCGACGAGACGGCGGUACUUUUUGAGCAGUGGGACGACCACGUGGAAAGUAGAUUGACAGAGCCACACUGGCUACGUGGACGAUACGAACUGCUCGAAGCACUGCCUCGUAACACGUCGGGCAAAGUGUCCAAAGGUCUAUUGCGGGCCAGGUGA